UUUCCCUUGGUUUUAAUGUGCUGUCUCCAGUAUGAAAGUUUGGGACAACUGUGUAAUGAUCCAAGAGCGAAGGCUGCAGUUCUUGCUGAGAUGGAUGCUGUCGGAAGGGAAGCUCAGUUGAGAGGUUUCGAAUUUGCAAAAGCUGUUACAUUGGUUAUCGAGCCUUUCACAAUCGAAAAUGGUCUGCUCACUCCCACAUUCAAGGUGAAGAGACCGCAGGCAAAGGCUUAUUUUGCCAAAGCAAUAUCUGAUAUGUAUAAUGAGCUUUCUACAUCAGAUCCAGCAGCUCAGAAAUCGCUAUGACCAAUGGUAGACGAGAAAGCUUCAGCUGUUCCCUACACUUUCCUUACUCCAAAAUAAAUACCAAACAAAAUGAUUAUUGUAGAAUAGAAAGCUCAUAGAGGAUUUUUUAAAACUCGAAUUAUUAAUAGAUUUCUUGUUGUAAUAUGUACAAUGUUCAAAUAAUUUAUAUUCGACUCUUCUAUAUUAGGUAAAUUGUCUGAGACAUAAAUAAGUUUAACCUUGGCCAAAAGUAUGGGAUGGAACUCUUUCUCCAA